AUGUUCUAUGAAAAACAUCCGAACAAGCAUUCUUGUCUGAUACGACAAGUGGUACCUUUUUCAUGGUUCCAGGUUAAAGCUGGGAAUGACAAAAAGAAGCAGGUAGUAAUUUUGUUGUUAUAGGUUAGAUGUUGGUUUUAAUUGUCAGGAACCAUUUUUAUUUACAUAUUUUAAAAGGCAGAAAAAAUAUAUUAUUAUCGUUCCGAUUCAGUCCAAAUCAGCAAUACCAUUCCAGUUUGAGCUGGUAGCCAGAACUAAUGAAUUGCUGGCUCAGAAGUUCCAGCAUGCUACACUAGAGAUCUUCAUCUUCUACUCUGGCGGUCAGAAAGAGCUGCUGUCUGAUGUGGAUACCAACUUCUACUCACUCUCUAUCUACACAACAAAUAAGAAUACCUUGAAGAUAGGACAACAACGUGGUACUCCUAACGUUGAACUCGUACUUCUGGAUGACAAAUUUGACAUCAAGCUGACUGUGGAGAUGAGAGCUCCAAAAGUAUGUGAUGAUCCAGAUCUACCUUCCUUGUCAGGUAUGACACCGCUGGAUACUGAGUCAGCGGUGUUGAAGACACAACAUAUCUUUGUUGAUAGUGCAGAGAAGAUGCGUAAGUACUGAUAAUUACAUUUUUAGUGUUGCCAAGGACAUCAUUGACAUUAUACAAAACUUCGAGUUAUUGUCAUGGCUUUGUAUACCAAUACCUUUUUCAGAAAUGAACGUUACCAAUCACCGACCUGACAAUUCAGCUUCCUCGAUGGGUCUUCAGCCUCUUCUGGUCGUUCUCCUUCUGCUCAUCCUUACUGUAGGCUUCUACUAUGUCAUUACUGGACACUUCCGUGAAUUCCAUAAUGGCUACGAGAAGCUGUUGAUGCCAUUGUUGGCUAGACUAUCUUCGAACGGCUGUUUGGUCAGUGAGAAAGUUGGGGAAGGGGAGAAUACCUCAAAAGAAUUCGUCUGGCUCCCUAAACGUCAAAUCGACAGUAUGAGUGUUAACGGCAGAUUCAGUCAGAAGAGCACGAUGAAUGUGACUAACGGUACGAACUCGAGCAACAGCUCGUCUUCUUCAAGAGGUAAUGUUACCAAUUGAAGUGUUUCUGUCUCGUAUCGAGGCUCAGAAAUCAGCAUUUUCACAGACCAAGGGAGGAGUUUCUGUGGGUUUUACUAUGUCAACAAAAUAAAUGUAUCUGUAUUGUAUAUUGUCAUAUUGUACAGUAAAAAGUGGAUGUUUUUGACAAAACUAUCAAAACGAAUUUCAGGUAAACGAAUUACAACUCCAGCUACAGCAAGCAAGUUGGAGUUCGACGAACGGCAGAACUAAUUGAGUUUGAAGUCAGAAUGCUUACGGAUUCCAGAUUUCGAGACUAAAUGAAGGUGCUGUCAGUGUACACGAUAGACUCAGAGAAUCGAAUUUAGUUGGAAAGUACGGUAACGUGGCUCACAACUCUCUGAAUGCUCGUAUCGUACGAAGAAGCAGCGAUCACGUGUCAAUUGCUGAAGAUUUUGCAUCUGUAAAGCAGAGUGGAGCGCUGAGGAAGGGUGUAAGUUGUACUUAUUGGUAUAUCGUGGCAAUAGCCAUCAAAACCUCUUUUUAAUCAUUACUGUAACUUUUUGUAAUGUUUACUGUAGCUAUAUCCAUUUUUAAGUUGAAGCCUUUUCAAAUAUGCCAUAACUUUAGAUGUACAACAUCACCGCCCCUCGCUUCAACCGUACCAAUUCAUCGUCUAACCCGAUAUACGAUUGCCAACAGAUUCCAUCGUAUCUUCGUCAUUCUGCUCAUCAACUUUUAUCGUACAGUAGAAGGGAUCGUCUUAAUGGUCUAAUUUAAAAUUCGUACAUUGAAUAAGAUAUUAGAAUGGGAUCGGACUCGUCUCCAGAAGAAACGACACAACCGCCCACGUUGGCUCCACACUAUCAGAACUUGAUGACAGCCGGCUCCAUUGAGAAGGUGCCGAGGGCUUCUGUCUCUCCUAGAAAGCCUAACGGUAAUCUACGAGGGCGUGUAGCAUAG